UCGGGAAAUACCAGGACCUAAGGUUCGGUACCCGGACCGCGAGGCUCGGGCUCUACGGCCCUAUAAAUAGCUUGCUUAUUAUCUUCGGAUGAGUCGUCGCUCGUUACGUGUAAGAUUGGAAUUCGUCGGAAGAGAGAAGAUAUUUUGCUUGGAAGGUUGUUUUGAUCUGAACAGCAAAUCGAUAAUGGCUCUUGUAUCUGGAGGGAGAUCGACGUUGAAUCCAAACGCGCCGCUGUUCAUCCCAGCGGCGGUACGGCAAGUGGAGGACUUCUCGCCGGAGUGGUGGAACCUUGUCACCACCUCCACCUGGUUCCGAGACUACUGGCUUAGCCAGCACCAGGGAGAAGAUAUUUUCGGAGCAGAGGACGAGGGAAACGAUGUCGUUGGAUUGUUGCCUGAUAACAUUGACCUUGGUGUUGAUGAGGAUAUCCUGACUAUGGAAGCCCAGUUUGAGGAAUUUCUCCAGUCUUCGGAGGCUCAAGAUUAUUACGGAAGUAAGACCGCCAGAGGAAUCACUGAAAAUGGUUAUGGUAAGAGGGCGGAGGCGCUGGUGAAGAGUCUGAGCAUGCCGAAAGAGAGAGGUCCCAUUUCGCCCAGGGAACUAACAAAGCAGUGGGAGAAGCCGGCUAAGAUCGUGAGCCCAAAGUGCAGCCCCCGCUUCAUCCAUCAACCCCGCUGAGCUCUGAAGCUUGUUUAGGUCCUUAUUAGUUCCGAGUAUGUCCCGACGAAGCAGCAGCAAUCCUUUUUCUUUCUUUUACUGUAAGUUUUCUGUAUAGAGCAAGGUUUGCAGUCCCUUGUUCAUAUUCUGACGCCCCCCUGUUUAGUUUUAACAUUAAACAAAAAUGUAAAAAAUAUGUUGUACAACUUACAUCCAAGGAAAAAAACAUAUGAGAAAGAGGUCACUUUA